AAGUGGAAGUGCGAGGCUUCGUGAAGCCGCAUCUCCUUCGGAGGAAAGCCUGAGCGUGAAAGUCGGAUGUUGUGUCUCCUGAAACCACCGUAGGACGCCUCAUGACUUGACACCAGACGAAGACGAAGAACAUCGAUAAAAUGAAAUAAAUGACAAAGGGGGGAAAGGCGAAAACCAGCAUCCGUGUAUGUGCGCGCGCCGCAAGCCAGCCGAAGCGUGUGCCGCUCGCUCCUACGUACGCUCCUUCCAUCCCCUACCCCCACCGUCUCGCUGGCUGCCCUGCUGACGGUGCACUUAUUCGCCUACCUUAGCCACGGGCUCUUCGCAAGUGGCGAUCAGAACGGAUGCGUUUCUUUUCGCUCUGCGCCCGACACACGGAGCGAGAUACCGGCGUCGAAGAACGCCGGCUCUCAUAUCACGGCUGCUGAAAUCGCCAUUUGGAUUGUAUUUAUUAUAUGUGGGGUAUUUUCUUUUUUCUUCUUUUUUUUAAUGUGUCUGGCGCAGAAGGAAUAAUUUACAUCAAACGCUGGCACAGGAGUCAGCGGUCCAGUGACGGGAACACGACUAGGGUCAAUCGAAUGAGACACCAAGACCAGGAUCGCCCGGCACUGCGGCUUAUUUGGCAUUCUUGUUGCUCAUCAGCCUUCACAACGCCAAUUUUUCACCACAACAAGGAAUCCUCGCCGCUUACUCCGGGUAUUAAAUUUGGGAAAAGAGGGAAGGUGGAGCGCUAUCCUCUGUACGUGCUGACGAAGUGGGAUUUCUACGUCUGGUCAGCGUUUACCCCCGCCCCUCCCGCAGUGACGGUGAUGGGUCGGAAGCGGUGUGUCGGUGCGGAUUGUUCCAAGAUGGCGGCCGGGUGCUGCGGGGUGAAGAAGCAGAAACUGUCGGGGUCCCCCGGCUCGGGGGGUCCUGGUGGAGCGGGAAGUGGGGGAGCCGCGACGGGACAUUGCGGCUCGGACUUGGGUAUCGGCUCCUCCUCCUUCUCGGCGGUGGCGGUGGGCAACGUGAAUCGGGUGAACGGCCUGGGGGGUCCCGGAGGCAGCAAUAGCAGCACUAGUAGCACGAACAGCAGUAACGCGCUGUCCCCGACCCCUGGAGUCUUUAACCCCGCCGGCCUCUCGCCCAACCUCAGCCCCGGACCCGGCUCUGGCAGCGGGGGCAGGAAGAUGGUGGUUUCGGCGGAGAUGUGCUGCUUUUGUUUCGACGUACUUUAUUGUCAUCUUUACGGAUACCAGCCGCCUCGGACACCCAGGUUUACCAACGAUCCCUACCCUCUAUUUGUCACAUGGAAGAUUGGUAGAGAAAAGCGGCUUAGAGGUUGUAUAGGUACUUUUUCUGCUAUGAAUCUGCACUCAGGACUCAGGGAGUACACACUUACCAGUGCCCUUAAAGACAGCCGCUUUCCUCCGAUGACGAGGGAUGAGUUGCCGCGGCUUUUCUGCUCAGUGUCUCUUCUCACCAACUUUGAAGAUGUCGUUGAUUAUCUAGACUGGGAGGUUGGCGUACAUGGCAUUAGAAUAGAAUUUUUCAAUGAAAAAGGAUCAAAACGCACAGCCACUUAUCUGCCAGAGGUUGCAAAAGAGCAAGGAUGGGACCACAUUCAGACAAUAGAUUCUUUGUUAAGAAAAGGAGGUUACAAAGCGCCCAUCACUAACGAUUUCAGGAAGACCAUUAAACUGACCAGAUAUCGUAGCGAAAAGAUGACAAUGAGCUACUCCGAUUAUCUUGGACACCGCCAACCCCACCAUCUCUACCAGAAUGGCAUCGGGCACCCUCUCCCACCCUACAACCAUUAUUCCUGACAGUGAGCCGCAUGACCAAUCACUGGACCUCUCCGCGGACCUCUUUCCAGGAGAACCUGCCCCUACCUGGUCUAGUUAUCUGUACUAUUGUACAAUUUUAUGAUGAUUGUUUCCGUUGCCAUGCAUGAGUUACAGCACCUCGGCAUGGCAACGGAUGCAACGCAGACAUAUAUAUUAUGGAAAAAAAAAGUUGCUGCUUUUUUUUAUUUUUAAGUACUGAGUUUUUGCAGCAUAUAUAAUCCCCUUUCAUGGAAAGACAAAAAAAUUUAUUAUAAUCCGAAUCAGGUUAUUAUGUCUGUGGAUGGAAGAAAGUUGAAUAAGGUUAAAAUACUUGUUUUUAGUGUGUAAGUUUAGGCUAGAAAGUAUUAGUUAGGAUCUCUCAUUUAAUUUUAUUUCUUGACCACAUGGAAUUUUAACCCAUCUUCCAUACUAUAUGCAAUCUCCUAGCAGAACAAUGUAGUUUGCCUUGUUUUCUUGUGUGUUUUUGCAAUUUAAAAUUUGAUUUCCUCUUACUGUGUAAUUAGGAGCGUAUUGUAAAUGUCUGGUUUUUGUGUGCUAGGUUUGCCCACUGUACCUCAUCCAUCAUGAUGGAGAAAAAACCUCACCCAGAUGGCAUGAGCCAAGCUUAAAUGCCAUCUUCAUUUAGGGUUGCCAACAAGAAAUAAUGUUACGGGAGAGCAAAUUAACAAGCCCGUCUGUCACAGGUUGGAUUAUCCAGCUUUAACAUUUUACUUCAAAACACCAGUGCUUGAACUGUUCAUACCAUCUUGUCACAUUUUAAACAUGAUGGGACCGUUAUGCCUUCUCCCCCCCCCCCACCCCACCACAUCAUAUUUAAGGGGGAAAAUAGUUAUAAUUUCCAUUCAUUUUUUUUCUUUUUAAUAUCCUGAUAUACUUUUACUAAUACCAAUGUAACAACACAUUUCUUUGUGUUGUGCAGAAUUUGUCAAAACAAGUGUGAGCUUCCAGCAAUUUUCUUUUUGCGUUUGCUGUUUACGGUUAGCAUGAGUUGGCUGUGAGUGUCUUAUCCCUCCACCUUUUUAAAAACAAAUAUCUUGUUCUUUGUUUUAUUUUAAAUUUGUUUCCACAUUGUGACCAACCAGAGUAAGCAUCCGAAUCUGGGACCAUAGGAUUUAAUUUCAACUGAGUUGUGUCAUUGAAUUUGCAGACGGGCAUUUACUAGAAAGCUAAUAGUUAUUCAGUUUAAAUUAGUUCUGCAUUUUAAAGCCCAUUUAAGUUUUAGGUCUUUAUGCACAUACACCACCUUUAAUGACUGCAGGUGUAUAAGCUGGAAUGAAUGCUAGAAGCUAAGGACAUUUGACAGCUUCUACACGCACUUGAUGAACAUUACUGACAUCACUGGAGAAAACUGGAUCAUCUAUGUACUGUUUUGUCAAAAUUAUGAGAAAUAUAUAUAUAUUUUUUUAACUUUUUUUCCCCACAUGAACACUAGUAAUAAAAUGUGGUCCUGCUACCUUGAGCAUCCUUGUCACGCUGUAAGCUAUUACGUGUGCCCUGACAAACUUUCCAAGUGAAAGUCGGCCAGAGACCAAGUGGCACAGUGACCCAGAUAUGGCAAGAGAGAGAACUAGAAUGCUUUUAACAGUUACUGAUGCGUCACAUGAAUUUAGGUUUGGGGUGAAUAUGUCCGGUCAACAUUGUAACAUCUUGACAACAAAUGAUGAAGACUUAAAGUAAUAAUCCAUUCCUAGAGAACAAUGAUUUUAUCAAAAGGGCAGUUCUCAUAGUAGAUUCUCACCUAAAAUGUUUACCACUUUGCACAUGGCUUAUUCACCUCUAAACAAAAAAGUGUCUUUUAAGUAGCAAGGGCUUUUGGGAUUCCAUCCACAGCAAUCCUAGAGUUGAAUUUGGACCUGUUGUUUUGCCUUAAUCUUUCAUAUAACAUGAAAUAAUAAAUACUUUUGAGGCCAGAAGGGCUAUGCUGAAUGCUUUUGACGUCUAAUAACUUGAUUUGUACCAAACACGGUGACUUUAAAGACUGUGUUUUUCAUGGUCAUAAAGCACUCACGCAUAGGUCCGUUCUCGUUUCAAAAAUUAGCACAAAGUCAAUUUUGUCUGCUGCAAAAAUCAAAUAACUAGUAUUUGGUUAAUUCCUUUAAAAGCAAAUUUGUAUACUUUUUUUGGUUUUGCCUCGGGAUAUUCAUCCUUCUGCUAAAAAUGAUAGAAAACAAUUAUAUGGUGCUAUAGACCUCCUGUUGGGCGUGGGGAGGGGGACCCACAUGACUGGUCAUGCGGACUCAUUAAUCAUAUCAAAAAAAAAAUCCUUGAUAUAUGCAGAUCUGUUUUACAGGUGUUUCUUACCAGUGUAACAAUGAUCGUGUGAGAAAAAAAAAACGACAGAAAAAAAUCCUGCAGGUUUGAAAGGACACGGAGAGCAGUUCUUCCCCUCCAUGGCCUGGGGGAAAUGGCAUAGUUUCCAGUUGUCUACUGUGGAUAGCAGCAAACGAGUUUGUUCUUAACUUUUACGUUUAGCUCUAACUAAAGCUGACUACAAAAUAAGGGAGCAUGCAGGUUUUGUGUGAGGGAAUUUUGUUUUGGUUUUUUUUUCCCUUUUCAUUUUCCCACCAGACCUUCAGACAACCAUGCAAAGCACAUGAGUGGGAAUGAGAUGAAAUCAGGAGACUUGAGGUACUGAUCGAGGAAUCGUUCAAACCUACACAACAGUUACCAGCUGUCUUGUCAAAACUUGCACGUGCAAAGCAGAAUUCUUUAGUCACUGGAGGAGCGUGAAGCUACUAUAUGCAAUUCCAGCUCAGGCUGAUUAUGGCAGCAGAACAGUUUCAGAUUGCCCCUUGUGGGAUCUUAGCUGAUGUGUUCUUGCAUGGUGCCUUGUUGUUUUUCUACAUUUACAGAGUUGGAAUGGUAGUGAGCCUGCCAUUUGCAUUGGAGUUGGGGUAUACCUAAAAACUGACUUUAAAAUGGUUUCCUAAAGUGGAUAGAAUUCCUCAUCGGAACAGCAAGUGCAUGGAAUCAUUCCCAGAAAUGAGUUGGGUUUAUGCUGUAAGCCCCACACAGGCCAUCCCAGGCCUACCGCCAGCCCAGAGCGACUUUUAGUCUUAUCGAAAAUGUAGAGUGCUGUGCAAUUUCUGCUCUGUAAAAAUGCAUCAAUCCUUUGCUUAAGCAGUUUCUGCAGAAAAGAAAUGUUUACGUAACCUUACAGAAUAAAGGGUUCACACUGACAUUCCUAAAGUUCCCUUCGACAGGUUUGUCUGGAGCAUAUAGGCUACAAUACCUUUGCAUGUUAGAUCGAACCAAAGAUGCCUCCAGCCAUGUCCAAAUGCUGCUCUUCAAGUCUGCCCUCCUGUCCUUCCAAAACGCCCUGCAGGGUCAAACAGUAGAAGUUUUACUUUUCUUUAAAUUGAGUUAUUUUGUACAAUUUUCAACUGUUUUUUGCUAGCAACCUGAAGAGAAUUUUUUAAAAGUCAGGCGAAAUCAUGCUUGGCUUCAUGCAGUUAAAUAAAAGUUGCAUUCUGUUUUAUUUGUUAGAUUAUUUUUAUUUUUUAAUUAUUUUACUUUUUUCUUUUUUUAUAUAUAAAUAUAUAUACAAAGAAAACCCCAUAGUGUGCCUCUUAGAAUUAUGGGUUUCUUAAUGUCUUUUUUUUUUUUUUUUUUCCUAAAAACCAGCAUUGAUACUUUAUAUUUAAAGAUGUGUUGAUCAUUAUUUUUAUUGUCAUUAAAGGAAAAACCCAGUAGCUAUACACAAUCGCACUGAGAGGAAAUAAAACCUACAAAAUAACCUUGUUUGGAACUUUUUUUGUAUAAAAAAAAUAAAAAUACAUGAAAUUAUUAAAUAUAUGACUGUUUUUAUAUUCAAGCUGAUUCUUUUCAGAAUAUUUUGGAUCUAGUUUCUAAGUUAUUUUAGUGGUUUUAUAUUUUGAAAAAUUAAACUAUGUUGGAAUGAGUCACAACAGAAGGAGCUGUGGUGAUACUUUGGGUUCAAGGCUACCUGGUGUAGCUUUUGGCCUUUUGUUUUUCUUUAUAGUAAGUUGAACCUAAACGAAACAUAGAAAUGAAACAAAAAAAAAGAACUUCCUAUAAAACUAGAUCCUUAUUACUUCCACAUUAAAAUGCUGGUAGUGUUAAAAAAUAAAUAUAAAAAAAAAAAACUGAAUGGAUGUUUUUAUGAUAUUAAAAAUGCUUCAAAAAUGAUGGAAAAACUCGUAUAAUGAAAGGUUAUCAGUGGGUGUGUACGAAUGAUAUUGUAAUUUUAAACACUAUUGUUGUUACCUUCUAAAACCAUUUAUCCAAUAAAAAAGAAAAACAAAAAUGGAAGAUAA